UUUAAUUUCAGCAGUUACAUCAUGAUAACUUAUUGGAUUAGCUCAGUAUUACCAUAGUGGGUAUUGAGAUAUUUAUAUACUUCACAGCAACAGUUACCGAAUAAAUAACGACGAAAAACAAAAGCUCGAUAACUUAACGAACACGUUGCACUCAAAAUAUACAAGAUAGUGAUAAUACAAAGUACACAGAGAAUUUCCAUUAAAAUAUAGACUAUAUAAUGGAAGUGUAUGACGACAGGCCAGUAAGCGUCUAUGAUAAUCUCAGCAUGCCCGCAACAGUUAACACGAAUACAGCAAAACUUAAACCGCAAAUAAUACCAACAACGUCAUCGACAUCUGCAUCAUCAACAGCAGCCACAGCAGCGCUGAAUGGAACAGAUCCCCACUCUCCACUAUACACCGAAAUAUCAUUUAAGUUCAGCGAUAAUAAUAAACAACAUCAACAACAACAAAAACAGCCUAUAAUUCCAAAUGGCAAUCGAAGCUCCAAUCACAGUCAACAACAACAAAUUACCAGUCAGUUGAACUCCCCCUGCUACGCCACACCACACAAAUUACCACCGAACAACACAACCGCACAAGCAUUACCCGUUGCAAACACAAUAGCUGCGAACGUAAGUCCAGUGCAAAGACCGCUUAGUCAACAUUCGCAAUCGGAACUAAACGAAGCCAGUCACAGUAUAGCCGCAGUGAAAGCCGCUCUGAACGAUGCUAAAUCAAAAUUCUUUGGUUUAAAUGGUUACGCGCCAGACACUACAGAUUUAAAUAACGAAUCUCAAUUGCACAAGUUACUGCCAAACGUUAAUGAAUCUUACCAGCCAAAAGUACAAAUUAUCACACCAUCACCGCCACCCAAACCACAGCCGAAGUAUCAAAAUAUACCCGAAAACAGCGCGAUAUUCCGUAAUCAACCGCCGGAAUUGCCUCCGAAACCAAGUGAAUGGCAGACCAAUAAAUCAAAUACCAGCAAUAGUCCAGUGUUCCGUGCCACAACGCCGUCUCCAGCUGCAUCGUCGUCGAACUCUUCCCCAGGCUCCCAAAUGGCUCCACACAAAUCUUCCGCAUUGGCUGCUUCAACUCCUUUGCCAACACCUGCACCAAUCCAACAGCCGUCUAAAGGCAACUUACCGCACAGCGCCGCAUAUAAGCAAGUUCCGCUGAGUGACAUCGACAAUUCGCAGCCGUCGCAGGCUGUUUAUAUGAGCACAACGGUUCCACAAAAUAUCAAAGGAAGUAAAAUCGCUGGACGGCACACACCUACGAGAAAUAGUUUAAGGCACAGUAGAAUGCUUGUCGUCAACAAUAAAACUCAGCAAGGUGUUCAACAUCCAAAUCCAAUGAACUUUAAAUUUCCAAAUCUGGUUCGCUGGCUUUUGAUAUUGGAAAUUUUAAUUGGUUUAUUCGUAACAUUCCUCUCGAUUUGGGUGUUCUUUUUGACACCAAAUACGGCAAUACAAGAUAAUCCAUAUUGGAGUGGUUUAGCUCUACUACUUGCCGGUAUUCUUGGACUUGUGCUUGUACGUUAUAAGCGUAUAAAACGCAACAAGUUACGUGAAAAUUGCUUUAUUUUUCUGCGUGCCGAUUUAUAUAUCUUGUCAUUGCUGGCGGUGCUACUAUGUAUACUGGCCGUGAUUUGUGCCUCAAUGCACUAUGCGCGCCUUACUGCUUCUGACACUAAAUGUGAAGCCACACUUAUACUCCAGGAAGAAGGCUCAUGCACAUGUACAUUCCAUGCCGAUGAUGAGGCAUUAUCUGCAGUUAAUGCAGUAUCAAAUAAUGAAAGUGCGGUGCCUGAAACUGUUGAGAAUCGUAGUUAUAAAGUAGAAUAUAGAGAAUUGAGUUGUGACGAAGUCAGAGGCAAAUGGACUACGAUACUGGGACUUUCAAUUGCUUCUAAUACACUUGGGUUUAUAAUUGCAUUGGCUCUUAUCUUACUGCUUGCCUGUUACAGACAUAAUUCAAAACGUAUUUAUGCGUCCGUCCACACAAGUACCUUUUAACACAAUAACCAUUUUAUUUUAACAUGUUUUGUAUGUAAUGUAUUUGUAAUUUUUUUAGUAUUAUGAACAAAUGAAUUUAUGGGGGAUUAAACAAAAGCUCAAUCUGUACUUAAUUACGACAUUAAUUAGCAGAAUGUAAUUCGUUAGUACUUCG